AUGUUCUUUCUAGCGGCAGAUGAGACAAUGGAUAAUUGGUUUGGCGAUUAUUCUGAUUCAUCAAUUCAAAAGCAUCGUUUUCGAUGUUCAGAAACUGAACAAACUUCUUUCACGGUCAUGUCAAUUGGAGAUAAUCGUGUCAAUUGUAAGAAAAGCAAUCACGAUGAAUAUUCUGAAAAGUACAAUGUCGAACUUAAUCAUAUCAAAUGUGUUAGUAGAGAUUCUGCCGAUUGUAUAUUUUUUCGACAAUACAUUGCAGAAUCGUCCAUCGAAGACACAGACAACACAGAAAAAGUCGAUAACUCGAUGAAAUUCUGGAAUUCCUGUGAUUCCUAUUGGGAAAAGAGUUAUGGUGCUGAUGAAACUGACUGUCAUCAAUGGAAAUGUCCAUCACAUUACACGUCCAAAGAAUUUUACCAAUGUCGAUCAGGUCAAUGUAUUUCCGAAAAUAGGUUGUGUGAUGGGGUUUGGGACUGCUCAGAUGGAACUGAUGAAGAAGGCAUACAGCUGUUAACAGAGCACACAGUCGGUGAACAUAAUUUGAAAUUAUUUCAGCUACUAAAAACAAAUUUAACCCAACAGAAAAAUCGAUGUUUGAAAGAGAAUUCAGUACGUUCAUUCGCACAAUUGUGUGACAUCACAACUGAAUAUCCUUGUCUGUUGGCGAAUGUAGAUGAUCCAUUGAGUUUUCGAUUAAAUCGGCCAUGUAUUAAUCUGAGACAACUGGGUGAUGGUCGUGUUGAUUGUUAUGGCGGAUUAGAUGAACGAAAUAUAUUGAAUUGUACAUCGCAUAAACAGUUAGGUUUUGGAUUUAAAUGUAAUAGCAAUGACAGUUGUAUUCAAAGAAAACAACAAUGCAUUACUGAUAAUCAAUGCCUUAAUGGCAACGAUCGUCUACUAUGCAUUUAUUUAUAUAAUAACUCAAAUGUGAAAUGUAAUGGUCAACUUUCAACCGCGACUGUGAAAGAUGUCCACUGUUUUAAUGGAAGCUGCUUGCCAGAUUCACGAUGUAACGGUUUGAUAGAAUGUCCAUUCGGCGAGGAUGAAUACUAUUGUCCAACUGAAAGUCCCUCGUCAGUGCUAGCUUAUCGACCACGCAUUAAGAAAUCUUAUUUUCCUUCAAUUAACAUACAACUACCAAAUUAUUCUCCAUUUUCUUUCCUAGUAAAUGAAUCCAAUGACAACAAUGACAAGAGCAAAACAUUAAAAUCACAGACAUCAAUAAUUGGUAAGUUCACAUUAUAA